CCGAACCGCAGACUCCACUGUUUACCCACAGUCCGUCGCUCUCUCCCCCCAACCACAACACAUCGCCAUUUUCGCGUCGCUCGGAGUGGAUCAAGCCGAAGUAACUAGGUCACAAGACUGGGGCGAAAUAUACAGGGAGGAAUUUCAACCAACACCACGGAUUCCGUUCGUCAGUCCCGCAGCUCUCAUCACAGGCUCGACUCGACUGAGAGCAAAUGGUUGUGAUCGGUUGUCCCGCUCGAAUGAAGUAUUCAAGCGCAGGCCCGGGCUGAUGUGACAAGCGAGCGCCGUUUCAACUGCGACUUGAACAUUAAUCAGAAUGAAAAGAGGGCAGAAAAGAGGAGAGCAGCAGGAGGACGGGAACAGUCCCAGCUCUGACCCCGGCCCUGGCUCCGGCUCCAGGUCUGGCUCACCUGAAUCGUGCAAGAGGCUCCGCCGAGAUGGUUCAGAGGGACCAGUGCAGGAGCAGGGGAGCUACAACCCAGAGGACACAGCGGACUGGGGCUGUCUGCCUCAGGAAAUUCUGCUACAGGUUUUACAGUACCUGCCCCUGCUGGAUCGGGCCUUCGCCUCGCAGGUGUGCAGGAGCUGGAACCAAGCGUUCCACAUGCCUGAGCUCUGGAGGUGCUUCGAGUUUGAGCUCACUCAGCCAGCCACCUCCUACCUGAAGGCCACACACCCUGACCUCAUCAAGCAGAUCAUCAAGAGACACUCCAACCAUCUGCAGUAUGUCAGCUUCAAGGUGGACAGCAGCACAGAGUCUGCAGAAGCAGCCUGUGAUAUCCUGUCUCAGCUGGUUAAUUGCUCACUGAAAACCCUGGGUCUCAUCUCCAUGGCUCGGCCCAGCUUCAUGGAGCUGCCCAAGUCUCACUUCAUCUCGGCCCUGACAGUGGUGUUUGUCAACUCCAAGUCCCUGUCCUCUCUGAAGAUUGAUGACACACCAGUAGAUGACCCGUCACUCAAGGUUCUUGUGGCUAACAACAGUGACACACUCAAACUACUGAAGAUGAGUAGUUGCCCUCAUGUUUCACCUGCAGGAAUCCUUUGUGUGGCUGACCAAUGCCACGGGCUGCGUGAGCUAGCCCUGAAUUACCACCUCCUGAGCGAUGAGCUGCUGUUGGCGCUCUCUUCGGAGCGCCACGUCCAUCUUGAGCACCUGCGCAUCGAUGUGGUGAGUGAAAACCCUGGGCAGCAGUUCCACACCAUCAAGAAGAGCAGCUGGGAGGCCAUGGUGCGUCACUCACCCAAGUUCAACCUGGUCAUGUACUUCUUCCUGUAUGAGGACGAGUUUGGGCCAUUCUUCCGCGACGAAGUGCCAGUCACACACCUGUACUUUGGCCGCUCUGUGAGCAAGGAGGUGUUGGGCCGUGUUGGCCUGACCUGCCCACGCCUGGUGGAGCUGGUGGUGUGCGCCAAUGGGCUGCGGCCUCUGGAUGAAGAGCUGAUCCGCAUUGCAGAGCGCUGCCAGCACCUGUCAGCUAUCGGCCUGGGCGAAUGCGAGGUGUCUUGCAGCGCUUUCGUGGAGUUUGUGAAGAUGUGUGGUCGUCGCCUGUCACAGCUCUCCAUCAUGGAGGAGGUCCUGGUUCCCGAUCACAAGUAUGGCCUGGAUGAUAUCCACUGGGAGGUGUCCAAGCACCUGGGCCGGGUCUGGUUCCCCGAUAUGAUGCCCACCUGGUAGGGUUCGGGUCUGUCAUCGCUCAUACAGCUUUUCCCACCUUUCCAAACGCAGGCCUUGCCCUCUGACAUAUUCACUCCUUUUGUAAAGGGGAGGUAUUCCCAGAUAAAUGAUAAAAGCCCUACAUCUAACUGAAUUCCAAGUGUUUACUGGGGAUUUUGCAUUUUUAAUUUUAAGGAAUGGAAUUAAAAAAUGACCAGGUCGCUACAGUUUUAAGUACAAAUGGGACAGUCACUACAAAUAAUAAACUGGCCCUUUACACAAAUGGA